AUGGAGCGGAGUUCGGCAGCCGUGGGUGCCGUGAGGCGCCUGCGUACCCAGGCUCCUCAGCCGCAGCCGCAGCCGCAGCCGCAGCCGCGGCGGCGGCCGGAGAAGGCAGAAGAUGGUCGGGACUGGAAAAAACCUGGCGGGGCAAGCGCCAGGCGGCUGGCGGAGUCGCGCGUCGCGCUUGUGCUGCUGCUUUACUUGCUGGGGCUGCGAGGGCUCGUGCAGUUCUCCUUCCGGCAGCUGGUGCAGCCGGCGCGCGACCCUCAGGAAUUCGACGCCCGUCGCGCCAGGGCAUAUCUAGAAAAUAUUACUGCAAUUGGUCCACGAACUGUUGGAAGUCCAGAAAAUGAAAUCUUCACAGUAAACUACCUCUUAGAACAAAUUAAAGCUAUUGAAAUUGAAAGCAAUCAAGCCCACACAAUCUCUGUAAAUAUACAGAGGCCAACAGGCACCUUCAAUAUUGACUUUCUUGGAGGAUUCACCAGUUACUAUGACAAUAUUACUAAUGUUGUGGUUAAGCUGGAACCCAAAAGUGGAGCUGAGCAUGCUGUGCUGUCCAACUGUCACUUUGACUCCGUAUCAAAUACUGUAGGUGCCAGUGAUGAUGCUGUCAGCUGUUCUGUGAUGCUUGAGAUACUGCACACUCUUUCAAAGUCACCUGAACCCUUACAGCAUGCUGUUAUAUUCCUGUUUAAUGGGGCAGAGGAAAGUCUCUUGCAGGCUAGUCAUGGAUUCAUUACACAGCACCAUUGGGCUAAAUCAGUUAGAGCAUUUAUUAAUCUGGAGGCUGCUGGAGUUGGAGGGAAAGAGCUUGUCUUUCAAACAGGCCCUGAAAACCCCUGGCUAGUACAAGCAUACACCACAGCUGCGAAGCAUCCUUUUGGCUGUAUCGUGGCCCAGGAAAUUUUUCAGAGUGGUGUAAUCCCUGCAGAAACAGAUUUCCGUAUUUACAGAGACUUUGGCAAUAUUCCAGGAAUAGAUCUGGCUUUCAUUGAAAAUGGCUACAUCUAUCAUACGAAAUAUGAUACAGCAGACCGAAUUCUGACAGAUUCUAUUCAGAGGGCAGGUGACAAUAUUUUAGGUAUCAUAAAAUACUUAGCAAAGUCGGAUAAACUGGCCAAAUCUCAUGAAUAUCGGCAUGGAAACGUUGUCUUCUUUGAUGUCUUUGGCAUGUUUGUUCUGGCUUAUCCAGCUCGUGUUGGUGCCAUUAUGAAUUAUGUCAUCACAGCACUUGCCGUUCUUUAUCUAGGAAAAAAGAUAUUACAGCCAAGAAGAAGAGCAAUUACUUAUCUGAAAGAACUUGCCAUUGCCUUUGGCUUCACAGUCCUUAGCUGGGUUGCCACCUUGGUUGGCAUCCUUAUUGUAGCAGUGUUUAUUUCUCUCAUUGGACGCUCUCUUUUUUGGUAUACCCACAUCUAUGUCUCCACUUUUCUGUAUGGGACUGCAGCUUUGGCUGAACUAAUUCUUGUACAUACACUAGCCAAGACAUAUUAUUAUAAAAAUACAAAUGAACAGUUCCUUGGAGAGAUCUUCUUUGAUGUUGCACUGGUUUUCUGGACAAUUAAAUUGGCUUUACUUACUUACUUAGGAGUUUCUUCAGCAUUUGUCAGUGCAAUGUGGGUAGCCUUUCCUCUACUCACAAAACUAAUGACCUAUAAGGAAUUGAAAGAAAAAGGUGCCACAAUGAAAUAUCUUACAAUUUACCUCCUGGGAAUGUUUAUUCCACACAUCUAUGUAUUAUACCUUAGCUGGAUUAUAUUUGAAAUGCUCAUACCCAUCAUGGGACGCACUGGUUCAGAAAUUCCACCCGAUAUGAUAGUGGCUGCUCUUAUUGUUAUAAUGUCUAUACUUCUGUCUUCCUACUUGCUUAAGUUCAUCUAUCUUAUCCGAAGCACAAAGAAGACAAUAAUAACUUUAACAACAGUUUUUGCCAUUACAUUCAUCCUUGUUUGCAGUGGAAUGUUCUUCCCUUAUAGUUCGGAUUCAGCAAAUCCAAGGCCUAAGCGAGUAUUUCUUCAGCACACGAACAGACGAUUUCACAGCUUGGAUGGGCACUUGGAAAAAAGUGAUUCUGGAAUAUGGGUUAAUGGGCUUGACUAUAGUGGAAUGUCUCACAUUACUCCUCACAUACCUGAACUCAAUGACACUAUUAGAACAAAAUGUGAGGAAGAAUCGCCUCUCUGUGGCUUACCUUGGAUCCUUCCUGUGGACUUUUUAUUCAGGAAGAACUGGUACCUUCCUGCUCCAGCAAUUACUCCCAAAAAACCUGUUCACUUUCAGCUUCUUUCCAAAGAGCAAAUGCCCUUGGAUUCUACAAAGUUAACCUUUGAAAUAUCAGGUCCAAGCCACAUGUCAUUAUAUCUUCGGUCACAUCAAGGGUCAUCACUGUCCAGAUGGUCUCUUGGAGAUGGGACUCCUGUUGCUAACACUAUAGGAGGGGAUUACUUUGUGUAUUAUUCACAUGGACUCCAGGCCAUGCCUUGGCACUUCUGGAUAGAGUUGAAGACUUCAGAGGAGCCUCCUAAAGGGAUGGUCACCCUUGCUAUAGUCUCCCAUUAUCACUUCGGGGAAGAUCGGAAGUCACCUCACAUGCAUGCCUUAAAGGAACGAUUUCCCAACUGGACAUUUCUUUCUGACUGGGUCUCCACCUAUGAUGAAUUUAUCUUUUAAGCUAGAAGUAGCACAAAGGUCAAUUGUUUUCCCUACAUUGUUGGAUGCAACUUUUAGGCAAACUGAGUACUAUUGACCAAAUGCUAUAAAAAUAAUUACGCCACAAGUGUGUUUCUAUGGCAGCUUGACUUGCAUAAAAAGAUGAUGCUCCUGUACAUC